GUUACAGGGGGGCGCUUUUGGCUUCCAAUUAGGGAUAAUAUUGGCUUCGUAGCAACUACCAAGGAGGAGGACUCUAGAACCACCUCAGCUGUCCCAAAGUCCACACCCUCCUCCUUCUCCCACGCACCCCUCCCCCAAUUCAUGACCAAGAAAAGAAAAGACAGCCAGGGCGCGCUCUGCUCCUCUCUGCCGGUGGGAAGCAGAGAGGCCCGCGGAGUGGCUUAGUUGGAUGGUAGGCAUGAGUACAGUUAAAAGGUGGGCGCCUCCGCACGCCUUGUCGCCAGCGGGGACUGAAGUGGCCUGAAAGAGCUGUCCGGCAUUCCUGUUCUUCCCAAAGGGCCGCUUCAAAGGCCGUGGGACUGAGAGCAAACGUCGGGGAUUAUUAUGUCGAUUUCCCGAGGACCCGGGUUCGCCGCGGGGAACCAAAGAACAGGCUGGCUGUUCCGGGGUCCCGCCAACAUUUGAUACCCAGCGAAGCCUAGGAUUGCCCGAAUUGCCGUGGAUCUGCAACUUUCCUCUACUCGCAUCCCAGAUUUUUAAAGAAAGUAUUUUCUGGUCGCCGAGUUGGUCUUUUACCACCAUCAGAACACUGAAGCAAAGACUUCAGUCUCACCAGAGUAUGCUUUAUGUUUUCGCCAAGUGUGAUCUCUAAUUGAAAAUUUAUUUUUGGUUUUGAAUGAAUCUGUGGAAUUUAUGUUGUAAGAAGAAAGGGGGAACGAGACACGAUGAAAGAGAAGUCCAAAAAUGCUGCCCGGACUAGGAGGGAGAAGGAAAACAGUGAAUUUUAUGAACUGGCUAAAUUACUGCCUUUGCCCUCGGCUAUCACCUCGCAGCUGGACAAAGCAUCCAUAAUCAGACUCACCACCAGCUAUCUCAAAAUGAGAGUAGUGUUCCCAGAAGGGCUCGGCGAGGCGUGGGGCCACUCGAGUAGGACCAGCCCCCUGGACAACGUUGGCCGCGAACUGGGCUCCCACCUGCUCCAGACCCUGGAUGGCUUCAUCUUUGUGGUGGCCCCAGAUGGAAAGAUCAUGUACAUUUCGGAGACAGCCUCAGUCCACCUGGGUCUUUCUCAGGUAGAGCUGACCGGAAACAGCAUUUACGAAUACAUCCACCCAGCCGACCACGAUGAGAUGACCGCAGUGCUCACGGCCCACCAGCCCUACCACUCUCACUUCGUUCAGGAGUAUGAGAUCGAGCGCUCCUUCUUCCUGAGGAUGAAGUGCGUCUUGGCCAAGAGGAACGCAGGUCUCACCUGCGGCGGCUACAAGGUCAUUCACUGCAGCGGCUACUUGAAGAUCCGCCAGUACAGCCUGGACAUGUCCCCCUUCGACGGCUGCUACCAGAACGUGGGCCUGGUGGCUGUGGGCCACUCGUUGCCUCCCAGCGCCGUCACAGAAAUCAAGCUGCACAGCAACAUGUUCAUGUUCCGCGCCAGCCUGGACAUGAAGCUCAUCUUCCUGGACUCCAGAGUGGCGGAGCUGACCGGGUACGAACCUCAGGACCUGAUUGAGAAGACCCUGUAUCACCACGUGCACGGCUGCGACACCUUCCACCUGCGCUGCGCCCACCACCUGCUUCUGGUAAAGGGGCAGGUGACCACCAAGUACUACCGGUUCCUGGCCAAGCACGGCGGCUGGGUGUGGGUACAGAGCUAUGCGACCAUCGUGCACAACAGCCGCUCCUCCAGGCCACACUGCAUCGUCAGCGUCAACUACGUCCUCACGGACACGGAAUACAAAGGGCUGCAGCUCUCCCUGGAUCAGAUCUCAGCCUCCAAACCAGCCUUCUCCUAUGCAGGCAGCUCUACUCCCGCUAUGACUGACAGCAGGAAGGGGGCCAAGUCCAGGCUCUCCAGUUCAAAGUCAAAGUCCAGGACUUCCCCAUACCCUCAGUAUUCGGGAUUUCCCACGGAAAGAUCGGAAUCUGAUCACGACAGCCAGUGGGGCGGCAGUCCCCUGACGGACGCCGCCUCCCCGCAGCUCCUGGAUCCCGCGGAGCGGCCGGGCUCCCAGCACGACGCGUCGUGCGCCUACAGGCAGUUCUCAGAGCGCGGCUCCCUCUGCUACGGCUUUGCGCUGGACCACUCCAGGCUGGUGGAGGAGAGGCAUUUCCACACCCAGGCCUGCGAGGGCGGCCGCUGUGAGGCAGGCAGGUACUUCCUGGGAGCGCCGCAGGCGGGGAGGGAGCCCUGGUGGGGCUCUCGCGCAGCCCUGCCCCUGACCAAGGCGUCCCCGGAAAGCAGAGAAGCCUAUGAGAGCAGCAUGCCUCACAUCGCCUCGGUCCACAGGAUCCACGGGCGAGGUCAUUGGGAUGAAGAUAGCGUGGUCAGUUCUCCAGACCCUGGGUCGGCCAGCGAAUCAGGUGACCGAUACCGCACCGAGCAGUAUCAAAGUAGCCCACAUGAACCUAGCAAAAUUGAAACUCUGAUAAGAGCCACCCAGCAAAUGAUUAAAGAAGAAGAGAACAGGUUGCAGCUAAGGAAAGCCCCCUCAGACCAACUGGCUUCCAUUAAUGGAGCUGGGAAAAAACACUCCCUCUGUUUUGCAAACUACCAGCAGCCUCCACCGACAGGCGAAGUCUGCCACAGCUCUGCUCUUGCCAACACUUCACCAUGUGACCACAUCCAUCAGAGAGAGGGAAAGAUGCUGAGCCCCCACGAAAAUGACUAUGACAACAGUCCCACAGCACUGUCUCGGAUAAGUAGUCCCAAUUCGGACCGCAUUUCAAAAUCCAGCCUGAUCCUAGCUAAAGACUAUCUACAUUCGGAUAUGUCUCCUCAUCAGACAGCAGGAGACCAUCCUGCCGUCUCUCCAAACUGCUUUGGCUCUCACCGGCAGUAUUUUGAUAAGCAUGCUUACACAUUAACUGGAUACGCUCUGGAGCACUUAUAUGACAGCGAAACCAUUAGAAACUAUUCCUUGGGCUGUAAUGGCUCACACUUUGAUGUAACUUCUCAUCUAAGGAUGCAGCCAGAUCCAGCACAAGGACACAAGGGAACAUCUGUUAUAAUAACCAAUGGAAGCUGAUGUUUUUGUAGAAUGUUUUGUUCUUUAAGGAGCUCUGAAACAUAUUUAUCAUUUACUGCCCCAUUACCAGCAUUUACAAUGCCACAGAUUGUUAGAGUGGAUAAUUUAAGUUACUGGGUAUUUGGCAUGUGUUCCUGUGAAAUCCAAGACAACAGCACUGGCAUUCAGGGUUCUACACAGAUAAUGGAGCUGAAAUGAAUAUACAAAUUGCCCCUCUAUUUAUAUGGGAACCAGAAUUGAUAAGUUUUGAAUUGAAAAAUACUUUAGAUUAAAUGAGCAUAUAUACCACA